AUGAGUCGCCAGGUGACAGCGAGCGUGCUACUCGCAGUGCUCUGUCUCUGGUUUAUCGUCCAGUUCCUGCCAUGGGGAGGCUCGCUAGAAUUCCGGGAACCACUUCCCAAGUCUUACCUGGGAGGGUCGCUCAAGUUCCAGGAACAAGUUAACCAGUCUAACCGUGACUCGCUGACACAAUUGCAAGUUACGUGUACGAAUGUCAGCCAAGAAAUGACCCGAGGUCACUGGGUACAGAACAACUUUACUCUGGACCAGCUGAAAGAAAUAGAAGCUUUCCUCAGGAGAACCAGAGCGUAUCACAAGUUACCAGCAGAUUUACAGCGAGACGACAAGAAAUGUGGUGACGUGAACUUCCCUGGCACCGACUGGAGUAGAGCCGUGUGCAACCCUAACGGCUCCACGCCCUGUUGCUGGGAGACGAGCUGUGUGGCCAAGUCGGUAGAGCAGUGUCGGUGUCCGCGCUGCUACGACAUGAGGCAACAGAUCCACGCUGAGCUAGCGACCUGGGUCCCUGACAACCCCAAGUGUCAGAUGGCGCUGUUGUCCAGACAACAAAUCUGUCAACUAUUGACCAACAUGACCAUCUAUUUUAUUGGAGACUCUUUGAUGCGCCAGAUCUUUUUGUCUGUCUUUGGUCUCUUGAGGGAUGAUAUUCUACUGGACUCUACCCCCCAAGCCAAUCGCAAUAUUUGUGACCACUACAACCGCUAUUUCACAGACUGUACGCCCCACAUCUUGCGUGAUUCAAGGGAGUGUGGGGGAGAGGUGCAUCUGAUGAGCCAGUCGUUAUGGAGGGCAAGUCAGAGCAAGAACAUCCUAGAAGUCAUGGGUCAGCUGACUGGAAAAAACAAUUCUCUCUUCGUCUUCGGUAUUGGGUUACAUGAUGGGCUGGACCACAAUGUGGUGGAAUCACAGGUUCUAAAACCAAUGUUUGAGCUCAUGUCAAAGUCACCUUGGCCGAAGGUCAUCUGGGUAACCCCCCACGUACCAGGCCCGCUCAAAAGUGGACGUUACGUACACCAGCAAGCUGCUAAAAUGGAAGUCUACAACCAAGUCAUGCACCAAGUCAUGAGAAAACAGGGAAUUCCCGUGCUUGACUUCUUGCACUUGACUGAUGGAGUGAUGAGUUACGAUGGUACCCACUUUGGAAAAGGUCUCAAUGACGUCAAGGCUCACAUCUUUCUAAACUUUUUGUUGGAAAACAGUAAACAUUUUGUACACAACGUUUAG